AUGGAAGCCUGGGUGGAUUUAGAGCACCAAAGACCCGCCGAUGUCUUCCAAUGGAUGAUGGAUGCCGCGACUGGGGAACAGGUCGAGCUUAACGACCUCGCUCAGCGAGUGCUGCUACUUAGCGUCACAUCUAUUCACACCACCACUUUGACAAGGACUCAAACGAUGUAUGACCUUUGCGCACACUCUGAGCACUUUGAGCCCUUUAGAAACGAGCCUGUUGAAAGAGACACAAAGAUCCAGUCCCUAUUCCAAUUGAUGUGGAACCGGACCACCGACAGGCCAGUUACCUUUUCCAAUGGCCUUCAUCUGCCCGCUGGAACUCGCCUUGCGGUGCCUUUAAACGAAAUCCUGCAGGAUCCCGCCAAGGUUACCGGUGUUGAUCCCUCUACUUAUGAUGCUUUCCGGUGCUCCCACAUCCGUGAGAAGCAAGACAAUCCUGCAAAUGCGCAAAAAUACCUCAUGGCGAAGACCAUCUGA